UCAUGAGAGCUUUGGUACUUUUCCUACUCGUGGCUUUCGCCUCGUGCUUGAGGGCUAAGAACUAUGUACGAGUUUGUUAUCACACAAACUGGUCUCAGUAUCGUCCAGGUGCUGGAAAAUUCUGGCCCGAGACCAUCGAUCCUGAGCUUUGCACUCAUCUAGUCUACUCUUUUGCAAAGAUCAAUCGAAACAAUGACAAACUGGCCAUGUACGAAUGGAACGAUGACAAACUAUACCCCAGAUUCAACGCAUUGAAGCAAAAAAAUCCCGGUCUCCGAACCCUGUUGGCUGUGGGAGGGUGGAAUCAUGAAAACGCAAACAGUCCAUUUUCAAAAAUGGUCAAGACUGCGGGUUCAAGAAAGGUGUUUAUAGACUCCGCAAUUGAGGUGUUAAGAACAUGGGGUUUUGAUGGUCUCGAUCUCGACUGGGAAUAUCCUGGAAGAACAGAUCGGGGAGGUUCAGUGCCUGAAGAUAAGCAAAGGUUUACAUUACUCUGCCAAGAGUUAUUGGAUGCAUUCAAAACUGAAGCAGCUGGAACGGGAAAACCUCGCCUCUUACUAACAGCUGCCGUUUCAGCUGGCUUUGAAACCAUCGACGUUGCUUAUGAAGUGAAAAAACUAGGCCCACUGCUGGACAUCCUCAACCUCAUGACCUAUGAUCUACACGGGAACUGGGACAAAGUAACAGGACAUCAUACAGCAAUGGAAGGGGAUGACAAACUGACCGUGCCAUACGCUGUUCAAUACUGGAUUGACAAAGGAUUUCCAGCCAAUAAGAUCGCUCUUGGCCUUGCCACGUAUGGAAGAGCAUUCUCCCUUAAAGACCCGAGCAACAAUGGCCUUGGUGCUCCUAAACAUGAGUGGCAGAAUCCCCACAAAGGUCAAUAUACCCGUGAAGCUGGCUUUCUUGCUUAUUACGAGAUCUGUAGGCUUGGCCUGACCGUGGUCCAUAAUAAUUCCGUCAUGGCCCCAUAUGGACAUAAAGGCAACAUCUGGGUGGGUUUUGACGACAAGAACAGUUUGCUGUACAAGGUGGAUGAGCUGAUCAAGAAAAAGGGUCUGAUGGGAGCGAUGUUUUGGGCUCUCGACUUAGACGAUUUCAGUGGCUCCCAGUGUGGGGAGGGCCAAUAUCCUUUGAUGAACGCCGUGAAGCAGUACUUGGGUGGCUAUACACCACCACCACGGCCCACCGAGCUAACCCCACCUCCUCAAACUCGACCUCCUCGACCUCCAGUGCCAACCGAUGGACCAGGACCUGCUACGCAAAUGCCGCCAACCGAAAAGCCAAAACCCCCUUCUGGAGGUUGUGUCGCCAUUCCACCUUAUGACCAACAACCAGGAAUGAAUGGAUGGUGCGCGUCUAACUGUGCUGUCGGAAAUUGUCCUUCGUCACACUGUAAGUGCGGUUAAACUAGGACUACGAUUGCAUAAAGAAAUGCAAAAUGUAAUAGAUUAGAAAAUAGAAUGAAUAAAAACUGCAUUGCACGAAUA